UUAUUUACCUUUUGAUACAAUAUGUUAAGCAAUUAACAUUUUUGUUGACUUGAGGGCUAUAAAUAUUAUUACAAGAUUUAUAUUUAAUAAUUCGUAUGUGUUUAAAAUAAAAGCAUAGAAGUCGUGACAUUAAAUUAAGUGAUAAAACUUUCAUAAGGGACUCACACAAUGAAAUGCAUUUAAGCUUUGACGCUUUAAAAGAACAAUAAACACCGAUAUCCUCUUAUAGUGUAUUACAUGUAAUUUGAAAUGUUCUUCUACGUGCCAGUUGAUAACAGUGCUCUUCGAUUUAUUUCUAACGUCUUUUAAUAAAUAACUUUAAAUAACCGGAUUGUUUUCGUCAUUAUUUUUCAAACCUUAAGUAAACUUUUUUAUAGAGCUUUAGGAAUUUACGCUCGUUAAGAUUAUGUGUACUGAUUGUAAGUAACGCAGCUAUAUAAUAGUCUGUCAUCUUAAUAGUGUGGUUAAAACAAGUGGUUAUUAACAUGGAAAAGAAGUCUGAAGACGUGCUGCCAAUACGGCAGCGAAUUACAGCUCAGAUAAUAGUGGAUUUUAUUCUAUGGCUUUCAGUUGCACUACCCACGCUGUUCCUGUUUCUACAAGGUACACCAUAUGAGAGAGGAUUUCUCUGUGACGACAAAAGUCUUAGCUAUCCUUACAAACCAGAUACCGUGUCCACGACCGUGUUGAUAGUAGCGGGCUGCAUCAUUUCAAUUUUGAUAUUUGUGCUGACGGAAGUUUUGAACUGUGUAGAUAGCAAGUGCCGACGACCAUGUCAACCUGUAGGGGAUAUAAUGUUUUGUGUGAAGAGUUGUGCGGUAUUUCUUGUCGGUUUCGUAAUGCAGGAAUUACUUGUAGAUGUCGUCAAAAAUAAGAUGGGAGUGCUUCGACCAAACUUUUUUGAUGUUUGCAGGCCAAACUUCAACAGGACUUUGUGUCCUGGAUAUAUAUCUGAGUACACAUGUGAAGGAAGCGAGUUUGGAGAUCACGCUGUGCGAGGCAGUCGGCAAUCGUUCCCUUCAGGACACUCGGCUUUCUCUAUGUACAUUGCAACUUUCUUUUGUAUAUAUAUUCAAAGUCGGCUGCAGAUAAAAUUUUCUCGGAUACUGAAAGUGUUUCUACAAUCAGGUUUUAUAUUCCUUGCUAUUCUCUGUGGCCUAGGACGUAUCAAAGACAACAAGCACCAUCCAUCUGACGUCAUAGCUGGAUUCAUUGUAGGGAUCACUGUCGCAGUUUUUGUGUGCAGCACCAUUGGACGAAAUAUAUCUAAGUCACCGAAUGCGGACAAUCUUCCCACACAUACCACAAAUACAUUACGUGACUGUUGUUCGUCUAGUGAACAGACACCAGAUACGGAGCCACAGACACCAUCUCCAUUAUUACCAAAUGAAUAUUUUCAUCGCAUUAGUAGUGGAUUGGAAACAUCUCCGCCUACACUUAAACCCAUUCAAAAUAAAAACAUUCGGACUUUACCCAUACCAACGAAGCUAGUUCGGCAAGUUGAAGAUGAUUGAAGCAACUCAUCGUAGCGUUUGGUGUGGUCUUAGUUUCGCAUCAUUGGAAUGCAAAAGUCAUCGAUAUUUCAACCUACAUAUUUUAUCAAUGUAUGUUGUAAACCAAAUAGAUCUGUGAUUUGUAUAUGUGCAAAUUGUAUUGAAUAUCUCAGAAUGUCCAAAGGUAUACAUUUUUACGUGUAACUAUAUCUUUCUGAUGAUAUAUAAAUUAAAAAAAACCUCCCACUAUCUAUUCUCCUAAAUCUUUGUUUUGUGAACGGUUUCGUAAGUGCUUUUUGAAAAAUGUUUAGUAACACUGGUUGUAUAUUUUUAGUUUCAUUUUGUAUUGGUAUCGCCGUAUUUUCGUAAAAGUAUUUUCAUACAUGUUUGAAUGUUUAACAAAUACAAUAACAACAUUAUAAACAA